AUGUACUUCCAGUCCAGUCCAGUCCUCCGAUAUCUCCAAGUACAGUGCCCAGCCAUGUCCGAGUCCAUCCUCGAUCGCGUCCGGUCGACCUGCGCUGCCGUCGUGCAGGACCCGCUCUGCUGCGUCCGCGUCGACUCAUCCGCGCUCGAUCGCUUUGUCUCGUCGUCGUCCAGCUUCACUGAGGCUGCCUUUGACGCACUCGCGCGGCCGACGCGGCUGCCACUGCGCUUUGACACGCUCGACCAGGAGCUCAAUCUGCACUGCGUGCUGGCGCUGCUCAACUUUGGCCACGGCUUCCGACGCGAGCUGCACGCUGCCGUCGACCGCGGCGCGUGGGAGUCGGUGCUCGUCGGCGUCAUGAGCAUGCACGUCGCAGGCGCUGCGUUGGAUGCGCGCUUCUUUGAGGCGCUGACCGAGAGCGACGUUGCCGAGCACUUCCAGCUGCCCAUCAUGACCGACCGCCCGCACGAGUCCAUCCCGGGGCUCGCCAUCUCAAGUCCGUCUGUGCUCAGGCCGUUCAUUGCGCUCGUGCAGACCGUGCUCAGAGACACUGGCGCCAGGCUCAGGCAGCUCGGCUACCAGCGGUUGUCGCAGUUUGUGCUCGACACGCUCAAGCCAAGCAGCGCCGCCAGCGCCACCAGCACGGCGGCAGGGCCAAGUGCUGCUGUGCUCGUCGAGCGUCUUGUGCAGUGCUUCCCCGCGUUCGAGGAUUGCAGCGUGUUCAACGGCCAUCGCGUACUGUUUCUGAAAAAGGCCCAAUUCCUUGCUUCGGAGGUCUACACGCUGUUUGGCACCCGCGAUCCCGAGCGGUUUGCCUUCAAGGACGUCGACCAGCUCACCGUGUUUGUGGACAAUGUCGUGCCUGCCGUCCUUCGUCAGCUGGGCAUACUCGUGCUUGCCCCGGAGCUUUGCACCAUGAUUGACUCGCACGUCGACCUGUCAACGACACGGCGCGUCGAGGGCAGCGCUCCCAUUGUCGAGCUUGCAGGUGGAAAGUCGCUCCAGGACGCGGAUGUACAACUGCGAGCAGCAGCAGUCUCGGCGUGCGAAGAGAUUGUCGCCCUGGCUCGCCAACGCCACCCAUGGGCUGCCACGCUCAACGCCAAGCGGCUGGACUAUUAUUUAUGGCGUCUUGGCAAGGAGCCCGGGUAUCGCACCGUGACCCGGCACAAGGACCAGACGACCUUUUACUAUUGA